GUGUGUGGGGACAUGUGGCGUGCUGAAACUGAGCCCACCACUGAGCUCAGGGAGGCUCACUGCUGAGGUUCACCUCAGGUUUUCUCAAGUUUCACUUCUCAGUUCCUUCAAAACAUUCAUUACUUUUUCUCUCGUCAGAACGCUGCUGAGUCCCAUGAGAAGACGAGCGGAGAGACCAUGUCGAAAGGAGAUAUUUUCAAUGCGGAGUUUGUCUUUAUCAAGGACGCCAUAGCGGGAGGAGAAGGAAGCACAAUCCCAGCUGAGACAGAGCUUAGAUUGAGGCCGUCAGCGGAUCACAUGAGCCUGUCUCACAGUAAAGCCUCUCCCUCAGUCAGCCAGCCUGAAAAUACACUCAACAUCACCGCUGCCGGGAUAGCGUCUAUGGAAACAGCUGCUGACAAACACAGGGCCGUUUCCCAGCGGCAGUGUCACGAUACUUCUGGACGUGCUGAGGUUAGCUCGGGUUGCUUUGCAAAUAGAGUGUCAGAGGACAGGACGAGCCCCACAUGCUCCGCAGACCUGUUUCCCACCCUGGCUUCGUCCAGAGAGUCCCUACUCUCAGACAUCUCGGACAAAGACAGAUGCUGGUCUUUCACGCAGCCCUCUUCUGUAAACUCUCCUGUCUCUUUCAGCCACACUGUGUCCCCCUGCUCGUCUGUCCGCUCCGGCAUGUUCACGCCCUCUGUCACCCAGAUCAAGAGGCACUUUCUUGCUCCCGGCUCUAGUCUGGUUCACAUCCCUCAAACCUGUUUCUCAUCCUGUGAGAGCCUGUUCUCCUCCAUCUGUCCCCAGUCCCCUCCUCCUCGGCACCGGCCUCCUCUUACCAGACUCUCCCUCCUCACUGCCAUCCUGAGAAAAGGCCGUCUUCCUGUUCUGUCCGCUGCUCUUCAGAGGCCUUACACCCCCUGCUGGCCUGUUAACCCUGUGACCCUCUCCUUCUGUAACGCCUGCUCAGCAGCCUCCAGCGUGGCCUCCAUUCCCCUGGAGUUUUCCUCUUGCUUCUCCUCAUCCAUGUCUAUAGAUAGUCAGACACUCGAUCCUGAGCCAAAAAGAUGCGUCGCUGCUCCUUUACCUGUGCAGUCAAAGGAGCAGCUCAACAGCAGAACAAGUCCUCAAACUCAAAUAAAAAAAGGCUCAGAGCACAUUCGCUCGAGCAGAGUGCCUAGAUGGGAGCAGGUUAUUUCACCCCCACCAGUGAAGAAACUAUCCCGAGCUCCGCUGCCUCUGUUUUGCUCAAACUUUAAAUCUCUUUCUCAAGCAGAGCACGACGAAACAUUUGAAAAACUGCAACAUACACAAAUCUCUGUCUCUCAGUCACCUGAGCUGAAUGCCCACAACACUCAUAUGCCCCUCAAGGGCCAUGAAGAUCAUAACCUUAAAAAUCUCAUCCCCCUGUCCCCAAAACUUCUUAAUGAGCAGGAGAACUCUGCGCCCCAGAAAUGGAAUCAGCCGUCAAAUUCAUCUCUCUCAAGGCUUCAUUUGCUUUCUCAAAAACUGAGUUCUCCACCUGUCUGCCCUCCUCAGCUUCAGCCUCCUCCAUCACACCCACACACUCUCACAGCUUCAGCAUCGCCACUCCCUCGUCUACAAAACACCAGAGGAAGGUGUGAGUCAGAGAGGAGCUGCCCUGCUUCCAAAGCUACCACAGCGCCAUUGCAGGCUUUCCACAAAGCUGAGUGCCUGUCCCCUUCCUGCUACACACCCAUCAGUUUUCUUGGAUGGCCUUCGCCCGCCGGCUCCCCUACGCCCACACCUUCUCCUGCUCCACUAAUCAGAGACCUCACCCCGUCCCCUUCUCUUUCCCCACGCUCCACCACACCCUCCCCGAGGCCGGGUAGUGGAAUAUCAGACUGCAGUGACAGGGAGGGUAAAAAAAGAAAGAUAAACAAGAUUAAGUUAAGCUACAAAUCCCUCGCUGCAAUUCCCACAAACACCCUUCUGCUGGAUCAGCAGGCAAUCGACGAGCAGAUAGAGAGAGAGGAGAGUCCCUGUGACUCACUGGAUAGAGGUGUUGUAUUGGACAGAGGUGUUGCAGACACUCACGCUGAGAUGUGCUCACCAGCUCAGCUCCGCCAACAGUCAGAGGAACUUUAUGCAGUUAUUGAUGAGGUUUUGGCAAACUCCACUCCAGCAUCCUCCAGGUCAUCCACUCCCAAUGUUGGUCUACAGAACAACUCAACACUUCCAAAAUCCCUGGGACGGGAAACCAAAUAUGCAUCUUUAAGCAGCUUGUACCAGUAUGGCAGUGUGGACAGGAAGCAGAUGGAUCCUAGAAAGACGAAGCCCGGGGUUAUUCGCCCGAUGACGGCCAUUCCUAGACUGACUGUGCAGGAUGAGGAAGAAUUUCGUCCAAACCCCUUCAGGCAGCCUGUCGUCAAACGCACCUUAACUGACAACAAAAUGGUGGUAAAUGUGAGUCCUGAAGAGGCAGGGACACAUUUGUGCACAAGUUCAAAAGGCAUAACGAUGGGAGAGGAGAGGAAGAAAGAAAGAAAAAGUCCAUUCUCAGUGUGUGACCUGCAGAUUACAGAGCCUGAAGACCAAGUCACUCAGUGUGCCAAAGAUGCCUCAGCACCUUCCAGUCAAACUAAGGGGCGGAUGAAAGCUUUUGAGACUCAUAUAUAAAGCAUGGACAUCCUCCUCCUCUCAGUGAACAUCAAUCUGCUAAGACAAAUUCAAUAUGUGAGUCCAUUUCACAACUAAAGGGUUGAUGACAAUUAACAAUUUCAAUUGCACUUUAUGGAAAUAAUUGAAUGAGUGCAUCACCAUAUCUACAGCUGUUGACAGCUGUUCAAAGCAGGAUUCUAUAAACCUUUGAAAGAUUUUGAAAAAACAUGCAAUUCACUGUUUGCUAAUUCCCAAUUCACUGUAGGCUAAUUCAUGCUCAAUGUUAGAUAUGUAUAUGGAAACAAAUGGAGCCUUCUGUCAAUACUUCAUGUCAUUUAGUUCAUUUCGUCAAUAUGUGCAUGUCCUUUGAAAACGUACGGGCUUGGAUGAGACAAGACAAAACAGAGCAGUACCACCAUAAAUCAUGGGGGCGGGGGGCAGUGCAGUCAAUAGUUCAAUCAAAACAACCAUGAGGAAAAAAUUUCAACAACUGUGGAACUUUUUGAGGAGAUACCUUAGUGUUUAUAUGAUGUUAUUUUGCCGAGGCAGUUGGGAAAAACACGACCAUAAAUGCUCCACUCUGCACUGCCCCCCAGAGGGUGUAUAACUUACCAACCAUGCCAACAUAAAGGAUGCAUGGAAGUAGGUGGGCAUUGUUACAUCGUUCACAACGGACUUUGGCAGCAUCAAUGAGCUUUAAACCUGUCAAGCUUCCUGUUCUCCCUCACAUGUGCAGUUCACUGUGACUACUGGAAAAAGUUAUUUGACAGACUCAAAAUUUUACCGGUGUGUAGCUGAGAUAAAAAAUGAAGAUGCCUGUGGUCCAAAGGUCCGAACCCAUGACAACCGACCACUAAUAAUGCUGUAAUGACUAUGAUGUUAACAUGUUGACAAGUUUCGUGACACAUGGAAUCUGACCUCAACCUGCUCUCUAGAUGGUUUUGGUUACAGACACUGUCAGACCCAGUCCCUAACUAAAGGUGUGUGUAUGUGUAUGUGUGUGUAUGUGUAUGCGUCUGAUGUGUAGUUCUCAGAGAAUUUGCUGGCAGGUUAAAGUUACUUGUUCCAGGUUCAAUGUGUAAGAUUUAGGUGAAAGGCAUCUAUUUGCAGAAAUAUUGAAUAUAAAAUAUAGUGAUGUGAAGUGUGUAAUCACCUCAAUUGUACAAAUUGUGGUUUUCU